GUACCGUGCUGCUAUCGCACUCACUCACAAUUGUUCCUUGACAAAUCAGAGCACCGGCAGUUCUCAAUUUCAUCAUUUCCUCCCACACCACAACCGCCAUCGAGAUGUCUCUCGCGCUACGCCUGGCUGUCAGGGCUCGCCCAUCACCAUUUCCCCCGUGCCGAAAAUUACUACCAUUACCUGUCACCAGAUCUUUGCAUAAUUCGCCCGCGGAUUCAGCAACCCCACUCCCAAUCACGGCUCACGGCCCGCCACCGAAACCGCCGGUCCCGGCAGCAAGCGAGAUAUGCGAACUACGGAGGAGACAGAAAGCCGAGAGGGCUAAUCCAGGGAAGAAGCUCUGGAAGGAAGUCAGGGUUGAGAAGCGGGAUAGUAGUUUCCCAAUCUUCCCUUGAUUUCCUGGGUCACCAAGACUGAUAUGUUAAAGGUGGACUGGCGAUACUCCUCGACAAGCUACCCAUCCGAACGCCACUCAAGAAGGCGAUUGUCGUUCCCAAGAACAAGCCGUUGCUUGCCGAUGCAGUCGCUCUAGAAUGGAGUCUUCUAAACAGCGCACAGGACGCUCUUACGAAACGUUAUCGAACACCACUCACCCAGCUCGCCGCACGAGUAAUUGACAUGCACGAACCGAACACUUUUACUCCUUCCCGGGAUGCCACUAUCAAGAGCGCGAUGGGUUACCUCAACACCGACACAUUAAUCUUUUGCGCUCCUACAACACCCAAGGAACACCGCCACCCAAACAAGAAGACUCUCCGGGAACUUCAGGUGGCGGAAGCUAAGCCUGUUGUUGAGUGGCUAACAACUGUCCUCUGGCCCCGCACGGUAAUCGAGUACAACAACGGAGAUUUCGGCAUCACGGCUACGGCACAGCAACCGUCUGAUACGGAGAAGGUUAUAAUGGGAUGGCUGGAGGGAUUGACGGAUUGGGAUCUGGUUGCGCUGGAGAUGGCGACACUGUCGAGCAAGAGUCUCCUGAUUGGCGCGAGGUUGGUGGCGGAGUGGAGUUCCGACGUUGGGGUUGGGGGGAAGAGUUGGGGGAUUGAGGAGGCUGCUAGAGCUGCGAGCGUUGAGGUUAGGUAUCAAACAAAGAUCUGGGGAGAAGUCGAAGAUACACAUGAUGUGGAUAAGGAGGAUAUCAAGAGGCAGCUGGGAGCUGCUUGGCUGAUGGCUCUUGGGGGGGCGAGGUAAACCUCUGCACGAUACGCAGCGCUUGCCCAAGGCUAUAUCAUACAUGUACUUUAGUUUGUCGUUUCCACCUUAAUUGGGUCGGCUGCAGACUUGUGGUGCCAUACUCAAGUGUCAGACUAUCAAGAGCUCUAUUGACGAGGCACCAUAUGGACCAGAGAUGCGAAGUGCACGCGGGGCCAUGCAAAUCAUCAAUUCCGGCAUGGUCGCGCAAUGCCCCUGUUACAUCAAUACUCGAGUGCCGGUAUGAUAGGACCCUUUACAUGCGCGCAGCCUGCGUCUGCUGGUCGACGACCAAAGGAGGGGUCCGGCAGUUUAGGUCCCAGCUG